GUUAAGUACUUUUCAAGAUAUGUGAUUACCUACAUACAAAAAAAAGGCUUCAAUUUUAUAAUAUAUAUAGUCAUAUAGAUAAUAUUGAAAAGGUACUAUGAUCUAUGGGUACAUUACUAUCAUAAUCAAAUGUUAAUAGCCCCUGAUUAUAUAGGUUUACAAAUUACAAGAUAAUAUGCUGUCAUAAAUACAAUGUGAUAUUAAUGUUUUUAUUAAAUAUAAUAGGUAUUACCAAUGGUCAAUAUAACAACACUAUCACUGUCAAGAAAAAUACUAUGUUUGCUGGCUUAUUGCAGAAUUUCAUUUGAAAACCAACGUACUAUUAAAAUCUUAAAAAAAAGUAUUUAGAAUUUUGACAAAUGUAUCAUUAAAUGACAUUAAAUUAUACUAUGUACUUGUAUUUCACACUUUAUAAACCAGGCAGGUAUCUACUAGUAUAUUGUGUGGCAAGUGCGAUAAGUGAACUUUUUCAGUUGUAGACUGAAGUGUAAUGAUAUACUGUGUAUAUAAUCAAAUAUGAGAGUAUGCAAAUAUUAUCAAUUCAAUCUACCGACUACAGUAGUAAUAAUAACAAUAUAAAUAUAAAAUAUAAAAUCUUAGGCCGACAAACAGCCUCUGCUCAGAAUCGUUUUUCGUAUACUAUGAUAUUAUAUUGGAGAUGUUAUUGAUACUGUUUCAAUCUGAAAAAACGACGCUUUACAUAUUCAAAUUGAUUUCUAGUGUAACAUUAUUGACGUUCACCUUCAAUGGCGCAAAUUCCAUAAUUAUUUUUACUGAAAAAAAUCAAAUUUUUAGUUAUAACAUAAUAAAAAAUAAAAAUAUACCUAACUCAUUAAAAUAAUUACCAGACAUAAUUUUUUCAUGGGUGGUCUUUAUAAAAUUCAGUUUCUAAAUCUUUAUCAAAUUUGAAUUUAUGUAUACUACUGUCUGGUAGGGAAGUAGAUUUCAGGAAUAUUAUUGCCCGCGUAUGUCAAACAUAGCUUCAUAAGGAAAUUACUUAAUUCCGUGAUGUAAACUUCUGUUUUUUAUAAAUUGAACGAAUUUAAGUCCCUCGCUAUAUUUAUUAAUUUUAUUAUCUGUUAACCAGGUGGCAAGCGUAUUUUCUAAGUGCUAUCUGAACAUUUCAACAGAGCUCUGACCUUGUGAAUGCCGUGGCUUGACUUGUACGAUUUUCAGUUCUUUCCAUACUACCAUAACUCUUCAAUCACCUUGUUAACAAAUUCUGUACCGUUAUCACUCUAUAAGAUGCGUGGAGCUCUAAAUGUAGUAAAAAUAUCAACUGUAAUGGGACAGCCGUCGCACGACACAAAACGGUCCUUUUCGGAACCAAAAAUCACACAGCAUUCAAGAGACAUAACACCGAAGAGACUUCGAAGCGAUCUUACAACCCCUUUACCUAUCCCACGCAUUCAACAAGUAGUAUUAAGUAUAGGAAGGGCUGUGACGUUUCAAACUACACCCUUACCAUAAUUAUUGGUCCUAAGGUCAAUUUAUUUCUAUUUACCUGACUAAAAUUUUAAGUGCUGUAUAUAAUAUUAUAUUCUAAAUACAUAUUAUAUUAUUAAAAUGUGUUUAAAAAGUUUAUUAUUAUUAUUAAUACAACUAAAGGUAAUCCUCUAGGGUUGGAAUAGUUAACUUAAUAAAAUAUUAAAUAUAGCACGACCAACAUUUAAAAAUUUAUAUGGCUGUCUUAAAAAAAGAGGCUAAUAAUUUGGAACUUUUAUAUGCAAAAAGCUACUUAAAUAUGGAAGGUAAAAGGAGAAAAAAUAUGGACUUACAAUUAGACGAAAGAAUUAAAAAACAUUAAUAGAGUAUGAAAUAGAUAGUGAUUUAGUCAAAUGCUUAAAAAAUAGCUAUUAUUCAAAAAUUAGAAUAAGGUUA